AUGACAGCGCUUGCAGGAGGGUUACCCAGGAUGAUGAGACCGACUCCUCACCAGAACUUCCCCCGGGGAGGAUACUCUCUGGAAGUGUCCACUCCGUUAGGACAGGGACGGGUGAACCAGCUCGGUGGUGUCUUCAUAAACGGCAGACCUCUCCCCAACCACAUCCGCCAUAAAAUCGUGGAGAUGGCCCACCACGGCGUCCGGCCGUGCGUCAUCUCCCGUCAGCUGCGCGUGUCCCACGGCUGCGUCUCCAAAAUCCUGUGCCGGUACCAGGAGACAGGCUCCAUCAGGCCAGGAGCCAUCGGAGGCAGCAAGCCAAAGCAAAUCGCUUCUCCAGAGGUGGACAAGAAAAUUGAAGAGUACAAGAGAGAAAACCCGGGCAUGUUCAGCUGGGAAAUCAGGGACAAACUUCUGAAAGAUGCGGUCUGCGACAGAAACAACGUUCCCUCAGUGAGCGCCAUCAGUCGCAUCAUGCGGUCUAAAUUCGGUGGAGGCGGUGAUGAUGAUGAGGAGGAUGAUGAAGUAGUAAAGAGGGAGAUGGAGGAAAGCGAACCACGGACAAAACACAGCAUCGAUGGCAUUCUGGGAGACAGAUGUAAGUCCAGUCACUCGGACGAGGGCUCAGACGUGGACUCUGAGCCAGGCCUGCCUCUGAAGAGGAAGCAGCGUCGCAGCCGCACCACCUUCACAGCGGAGCAGCUGGAGGAGCUGGAGAGGGCCUUUGAACGCACCCACUACCCCGACAUCUACACACGGGAGGAGCUGGCUCAGCGGGCCAAACUGACGGAGGCUCGAGUUCAGGUGUGGUUCAGCAACAGAAGAGCUCGGUGGAGGAAGCAAGCAGGAGCCAAUCAGCUGAUGGCGUUUAACCACCUUAUCCCCGGUGGUUUCCCUCCGUCAGCUAUGUCGGGCCUGCAGCACUAUCAGCUUUCCGAGAGCCCCUACACUCCCACUUCUAUAUCUCAAGCGUCCGAGCAGCCCAGUACCGUCCACAGACCGCAGCCCCUGCCCCCCACCUCCGUGCAUCAGAGUGGGCUUGGUUCCUCGGCCGGCUCCCAGGAUGGAAGCUCUGCGUACUGCCUGUCCUCUGGACGUCACGGCUUCUCAGGAUACUCGGACAGCUUUGUGACCCAACCAGGACACACCAACACUGUCAACACCGCCAUCGGAAACAGCCUAUCACCACAGGUAAUGGGCCUAUUGAAUCCAGGUGGAGUGCCACAUCAGUCCCAGGGUGACUUCGCCCUCUCCCCGCUGACCGGAGGCCUGGAGCCUAACGGUGGCAUGGCUGCCAGCUGUCAUGGCUCCCAACGCUUGGAGGCUCUACCAGGCCUGACCAGUAUGCCCAGUCUGCCCAGCACCCAGUCUUACUGCCCACCUUCAUACACCACCCAAGCCUACGCCAUGGACCACCACCCAUCCUACCAGUACGGACAGUACAGCCAGAGUGCCUUUCAUUAUAUGAAGCCCCCAACAUGGCCUGAACAGGAGUCUUCCCUGACAUUCACCGCUAGAGAACACCCCCACCCGCUGCCUUUUGCCUAACCGCCCCAGCCCCGAGGACAUUAAGAGAGCGGACGGGUGGGUAAAGGGAUUGAGAUGUUCUAGUCCAGCAAGGGAAGCAGUUGAGAUGAAGGUGGUGGCGAUGGAGGGGGUUGACUGGAAUAAUUAGGACCAAAGGCGCAGCCUCUCCUGUUACCUGGCAAUCGCUUUGCUUUUGUGUCACGCUCCAAGGACCAAGCGCGGCUCGUUGUCCAUGCCUAAAUAAGAAGAGAAGAGGUGGGGGGUGGUGGGGAAAGGAAAGUAAAUACAUUCAAGAUUCUGUAUUUGAUUUUUGUAAUAAGUGCCAGAGAGGGAGGUGGACUUUGGAAGCCCCCUGUGCUCCUGGGGUCCAACUUGA